AACCAGAAGGGUUCAAUCCGCACAGAUCGUAUCAAGCUACGGCAUCAAGAUGUUAGGUACGAGGUCGUGUACCAAGAAGGAAAGCUUAAUAAAGUUGAUUUUACGUCAAGGAAAGCCAAACCUUUACAAAUGAUGACGAACGAGGAGCGAGAAGAAGCGGAAGAGCUCAAUAAUCUCUUAUAUAUGCUACACACCACGCCAGUUAUGGAUAGCAUUGGGAUUGGGAAUAUUGCAAUACACACGAAGAUGGAUGAAACAUUAACUGAGCUUGCAAAGAUCAUACAAAAUGAUCGAAAAUGGAUACCAAAAACUUUGCAUCCUAAAGUACGAAGGUUCGAGCAACUUAUCCCAGAAAUAACCAUCGCAGGAAACGGCGUUAUGUUCAAAGGAGAGAGAAUUAUUCUUCCAGAGAGCCUGCAAGAUACAGCAAUUCAGCUGGCCCAUAGAGGAAGUCUCAUGGGACAGAGUGGGAUUGAAAGGCGUCUAAGGUAUCACUUUUUCUUCCAUGAUAUGCAUCCCAAAGUGAAGCAAUUCGUCGAGAGUUGCAAAGAGUGCAAUAUUUUCAGUGACAAGAAGACGUCCGAACCAAUUAAAGCGCACGAGGUACCAAGAAAAUGUUGGGAGACGAUUGCAGUAGAUCUAUUUGGCCCUAUGCCGUCCUCAAAGCAUGUAGUUGUCGUCCAGGACCUAGCUUCAAGAUUUCCAGCUGCAAAGUUGGUUGCCUCUACCAAAGCUUCCCAUGUUCUCCCGGCUAUGGACGAGAUAUAUAAUUCGUAUGGAAACCCAGAACAUCAACUCUCGGACAAUGGACCACCAUUUAACUCGGAAGCUAUGGAAGCAUUUGCUCAGAAGCGAGAUAUCCAUUUGAAGAAGAUCCCUCCAUUGCACCCAUCGGCUAAUCCUGUGGAGACCUUUAUGAAGCCACUUGGAAAAACCAUGAAAAUAGCACACUAUAACAAGUCCUCGGAGAAAGAAGCACUUAACCACCUGUUGAUGAAUUAUCGUGACACCCCACACCCAGCUACUGGUAUUCCCCCUGCUGCUAUGCUUUUCAAAGAGAGUAGUAAGAGUGCCUUCCCAAGAAGAUCUGUACCUGCAGAGCAAGUGGAAGAGGCUAGAGGAAAGGACAAGGCAAUGAAACAGGAUCGUCAGGACCAAGUUAAUGCAUCUAAGUAUAAGAUACCGUCAGAGUUUCAAAUUGGAGAUGAUGUAAUGUUACGAAAUUACAGAAAGUCCUCCAAGUUUGAUCCUGUAUUCCUUCCAGAGAAUUGUGAGAUUGUUGAAUGCUCAGAUGAUGAUCGAUUCCUAACUAUCGAAAGAAAGCGUGAUGGGACGAUCUUUAAAAGACACCCGGAUGACGUCAAAUGUUACUACGGACCGCAUGAUACAGUUAUGGAAAGGGGCGUAAUAUCGGAUGAAGCUAUCGAAAAUGGGGAAUGGCAUAGAUGGUUUGAGCAGUGUAGACCCAAGGUAGAUGACAGUUAUGAAAGCGGAAAUCAAGAUGAGGAAGAUAAACAAGAGACUAACCACGUAGAACCAGGGCAUGAGAAUGGAGGCGAAGUAAGCAGCGCAAACGACUGCCCUGGAUCUUGUAUUCCUCGUCGACCACAAAGGCUACGAAGACCUAACCCCAGAUAUAUUGACUAUGAAAUGUAA